AUGGAAGUGCUGCAGGCGCCUAUUAACCCGGCUCCCGCGCCCCCAUCCGCAGGCUCCAAGUGCAUUGCGCCACCUCCCCUCGAAAUCACCUCCGCGGGAUUGUGCGCUGAAGCCCCGUAUGCCCACGUCGCAUGCGUACGCAGCCCCCCGCAAGACUCUUUCCGAGGGGGCAGUUGGCCCCCCACACCGAAGCGUCAGCAGGCGCAGUUCCCUGACGCCCCCCACUUGCUUGACUAUCGUGCCGCCGACGAAACUGCAGAGGGUUCCCGCCGUGUGCACCAGGAAGACCUGCAGGACAAAAGGAAUGAAUCGCACUCCUGCCUGCAAACCCACCCCUGGUGCGCCUUCCCGCGCACAGCCAGCGACCGCCGCUUCUCCCCCGCCUUUGCCCAACCCCACGCCCCACCCGCGCACGGACGCGUCUGCCGCCAACGUCGCGGAAGUGGGUGGCGCUCUCGGCGCUCCGACCGGUCCCCCCCCCUUCCCCCCAGUGAUUUGUGGAGACGCAGCUGCCCCAGCUUGCAGGCGCGCUGCGGCAAACACGCCACACCAUGCGGGCGCAACAGGCCCCAAUACAGCCGUGACAGCCGUCGACGUGCCAUUUUGAGGCAAAAAGUAAUGACACGUAAAAAUAUCUUCCCCUCGCACGCCUGCCGCAUGCAUCACGCGGGGGCCGUGUGCCCCGCGUCCUCAGCAGACUUUAUGCAAUGA